ACGUCAGCAUUUCUCUGUCGUUUUUUUCCCUCGCUCUAUGCCGCCGCCGCCCAUGACUUCGCGCUCUGCUGCACAACAUGUGUCACCAUGCCUUCCCCCAAAGAAACCAUUCCCCUAAAUACGGAGGCUAUCUUGCCACCUCUUGUGGACAGCAACCAUGAGGAUCAUAUCCUGACUGGAAAGCGACUUGCUGUGGUGUUUGCUGCAAUGCUUCUUUCCAUCCUACUUAUUGCCCUAGACCAGACAAUUCUGGCGACGGCUCUCCCUCGUAUCGCUUCGGAAUUUCGAGCUUUUUCAUUGCAAGGAUGGGUCUCUUCUUCUUUCAUUCUUGCCCAAACUGUCUUUAUCCUUUUCUUCGGGCAAACGACACGCAUAUUUGUGGCGAAACACAUCCUUCUCGUCGGAGUCUCUCUUUUUGAGAUUGGGUCGCUCGUCUGUGGACUGACAAACGAUGCAAGUCAACUGAUUGCAGGUCGCACAGUGUCGGGCGUCGGGGCGGCAGCAAUCUAUGUCUCUACAAUCCAGAUAGUCACCCAGGUCACUCGAUUGCAGGACCGUCCCAAGUUGUUCGGUAUUUUUGGCGCAGUAUUCGCAGUCUCCUCGAUUAUUGGACCUUUGAUGGGCGGGGCGUUCACCGACAAGAUUUCUUGGAGAUGGUGCUUCUACAUAAAUCUUCCCAUUGGCGGCGUCUCACUCAUCACUGUUACCCUCCUACUUGAAGCUACUCCGCCUCUUGGAUCUGAAGCCGAUCAUGUCAAGAGAACUUGGACCAAAACUCUCAGCUCUGUCUCGGAGAUCGACUAUGUCGGUGUUGUUCUCGUGGCUGGAGCAGUCACGACUUUGAUGCUCUCGCUUCAAUGGGGCUCAAAUACCAAGGAGUGGGGCGACAAAGACCUUAUCAUUUGUUUCAUUUUUGCAGCCGUUCUCGCACUGUUGUUCAUUAUGUGGCAAGUGCGAAAACGUGACAAAGCGCUAAUGCCGUUGGAAAUUUUCCACUCGCGCUCAAUGUAUGCUCUCACAUUGUACUGCAUGCUCACGCGUUUCUCGCUGCUCAUCUUUUCUUACUAUAUCCCGGUCUUCUACCAAGCCGACAGACACUACAGCGCCAUCCGCUCCGGUGUCAAUCUUCUCCCCUUCUCUCUCGGCACCGUCAUUACCAUCAUCCUCACUGCCCAAAUCACGAGCAAGAUCGGAUACUACUGGCCGUGGCUUGUUGUCGCCCCAGUCUUCCUCGCGCUUGGGUCUGGAUUCCUAUUCACGGUCUCCCGCGCCACAUCGUCAGGGACUAUCAUCGGAUUCCAGAUUCUGGUGGGUAUUGGGAUAGGUCUAGCGAUGCAAAACACACUGGUCGCUAUCCAAGCGGAAUUCAACUCUAAACCCGCUCUUCUGGGGCAAGCCACCUCCACAGGGACCUUCGCUCAGUUCCUUGGCGGCACUAUUGGGCUAGGAGUUGCCGAGCCCGUAUUCUCUUCCCGCCUCACCGCUACUUUGGCCAAAUACUCUCCUUCUCUACCCCCAAACCUCCCUCACCAUCGUUCGACAAUCACCAACUGCGAUCUAUACUGGCCUUCCCGCAGAGUUGAUUCCAGGCGUGGUCGAUGCCUAUAA